AAAAGAUUGCUGGAUGGUCAAGAGCAGUUGUAGUACUUCGACAGAGCUUGAGGAUUAAAGACGUGGUGUUGUGAAUUUCUUUUGGAUAGUUACCGAUUGUAAGUACUUGAACGAUGAACCCCACUUGCGCAGUGCUGCUAGUGGCAUUGGUCGGAUCGGCCAUUGCCUUCCCGCAGGGCCUGGAGCCAGUUCCGGUGCCCCAGGAUGGAACGAUUCUGCUUUCGAGACCAUCCGGACCGCUGCCCGUAGAGCUUCAACAAAAUGCCCCAGUUGAGCAGGAGAUAGUCCCGGAAGCAGAGCCACAAAAUGAUGAACCUGCCCCAGCUGCGGCUGUUGUUGAUCCGGUUGAGUUGGCUCAGGUCAACCAGGACCAGGAAGUGACCGGUGAAGAGGCUGUCCGUGCCAAGCGUCAGUUUGGAUUCGGCGGACUCGGUGUUGGCGUAGGUUUGAUUGGAGGUGGAUUCGGUGGACCUGGAUACUAUGGCGGUGGACGUUAUGGCGGAUACGGAGGAUACGGUGGAGGUUAUGGCGGAUACGGUGGAUACGGUGGAGGUCAUGGCGGAUACGGUGGAUACGGUGGAGGUUAUGGCGGUGGCUAUGGAGGGUAUGGUGGAUACGGUGGAUACGGCGGAUACGGACACCGUCAUCACCACCACCACGGAUAAGUUACCAUACCGUGUUAGGAAAGUGCGACGCAUAACUCAAUGAGAUUGUGAUAAUUUAUUUAUAAUAAACGAACGAUGCAAAAAUUU